CACAUAUUAGUAAUUAUAGCAUUAAACAUUGCUGCAUUAAACCUUUUCCACAUAUAAAAAAGCUCGAAUAUUGAACAUAUGUUUUGGCAACUGGAACAUAGGAUAAAAGUUCAACUUUGUUCAAAGGGCAAUCUUAUUUUUUUAUACUUUUUAUUUUUAUUUGUAAGAUAAAUAUCUACAUAAAUAUCAUCAUAUAAAUAUGUUAAUAACAAUAUCUAAACUUGUUCAAAAUCUGGCCCCUGCAACUGUUCGGCAUUCAAGAUGCAUUGCUUCCUUAUCUUCUUUACCGGAUACCUACCAAAUGCUAUACAAAACAUGCCGUGACUUCGCCGAAGGAGAAUUAAAGCCCAAUGCAGCUAAAUAUGACCGGGAGCAUUUGUAUCCCUGCGAAGCUAUUAAGAAAAUGGGUGAAUUAGGGCUUAUGUCCAUUGCGACGCCUGAAGAACUUGGUGGAGCUGGGUUAGACUAUCUAGCAUAUGCCAUAGCUCUAGAGGAGAUAUCUCGUGGCUGUGCGUCGGCUGGUGUCAUCAUGUCAGUUAAUAAUUCCUUGUAUCUUGGCCCUCUACUGGGUUGGGGAACAGAGAAACAAAAAAAGGAGUUUGUAACACCAUUCUGCACUGGAGAUAUUGUAGGCUGUUUUGCACUAUCAGAACCUGGUAAUGGCUCUGAUGCUGGUGCAGCAUCUACAGUAGCCAAGAUUCAAGGAGAUAAAUGGGUCCUCAAUGGAACAAAAUGUUGGAUUACCAAUGGGUAUGAAAGUAGAGCUUCUGUAGUGUUUGCAACCACAGACAAGAGUUUAAAGCAUAAAGGAAUUUCAGCAUUUAUUGUUCCAAAACCAACAAAAGGAUUGGAGUUAGGAAAAAAAGAAGAUAAAUUAGGCAUAAGAGGUAGCUCUACUUGUUCACUUAUAUUUGAAGACUGCGAAAUACCCAAAGAAAAUAUUCUGGGAGAGCCCGGCUUUGGAUUUAAAAUAGCCAUGAUGACUUUAGACGCAGGCAGAAUUGGUAUAGCAUCUCAAGCCUUGGGCAUUGCACAGGCCUCCCUAGAUGUAGCAAUAGAAUAUGCAUCCAAAAGAAUGGCAUUUGGAAAGCCCAUUAUGAAGUUACAAGCCAUACAAACCAAGUUGGCUAACAUGGCACUCCAGUUGGAGUCGGCGCGCCUCCUGACGUGGCGUGCUGCAUAUUUGAAAGACCAUAAACAACCCUAUACCAAAGAGGCUGCUAUGGCGAAACUGGCCGCGUCCGAGGCAGCUACGUUCCUUUCUCACCAGUGUAUACAGAUCCUUGGAGGCAUGGGUUACGUAUCAGAUAUGCCAGCAGAAAGGCACUACCGUGAUGCUCGUAUUACAGAGAUAUACGAAGGCACUUCCGAAAUACAAAGGCUGGUCAUUGCAGGCCAGCUAAUCAAAGAAUACGGUCUAAACUGAGAUAGUUAUGUAUUUGAAAUCUAAGAUCGAAAAUUGAUAAUAUUUUUUUUUUUCUUAAGUCUGAGUUGUAGUAACCUUAAGAUUUCGUAAAGUAUUCGAUCUAGAUUAUAAGUAUUCUGAAAUAAUAUGAAUAGCUAAAUUUUAUAAACUAAAGAAAUCACUGAUGUCAAGUCAAUUUGUACAUUUAAGAAGUUUGCAUACUUUAUAUUUCGAAUGAAAAAGAUCUGUAAACCUUACAACUUGUAAACAAAGGAUACCUUUGUUUAAAUUAUUUAACCAAGUCACUGAAUUGAUACAAUGUCAUUUUUCUGAAUAUUUUUUUGAAAAUAUUGUGUUCAAUGCUCAGGUUCAAUGUAUGCAUUCUUAUUUGGCAACUGUAACAUUCAAUACCUCAUUUAGACUAUUGACGAAAAACGUAUUGAAAAAAGUAAAAAAAAAACGUGUUUGGGUACUAUAUUUAAGACAUAUCUUAGUUUACACCGUCGAAACUUUUUUGUAUGAAUCCAUAUGCUCAAGUGUUCUUAUAUUAAAACUGACCAAUUACCAAGUUUACACAUGGCAUGUUAUGCAGCUAACUUUAUGCUUUACUCUUCAAUCCUUAUUCAAUCCAUGAUGUACAUAAGCAAGAACAAAAAUAUUCUUAUACCGUUCAGUGCCAAAUAAAUUAGUCUAUAAGCUGAUUUUUUGAACAUUUUGCUAUAAAUAUUUAUACACACAUUUUAGAUGAAUUUUAUAUAUUGUAUAAUUAUUUUAGGAAAAUAUAUAAUGUCUUAAAUAGUAUAAAGCUUAGACUAGCAAGUUUUCCAGCAAUUUACUAUGAAAGAACUUUGAGAUGCGUUUAUACUAGCGGCAAUAAUUCUAUGGAGACUAUUUGCCGUAAGCCCUGUUACUUUCAAAAUUUGUAGAAAUCGCCGUCACUAUUUACGACGCGAAAAACAGCUUGCGGAAAAUAACUUCUGCAGGUUUUGCUAGUAUAAAUCCCACUUUGGAAAUAAUAAAAUUGAAAUAUUUAUCA